UAAGGAGACGGUGUGAUACAUUUGAGCGGAGUGUGUGAGGAUGGCGUGGGGUGUGUGGACUUUCACGCUUUGCUUGGUGUUUUGGAUCAGCUCCGCGACUCAGUCGACAAAAAGUGUGUAUCCAAGAUUACGGCUGUCUCACAAAGAGUUAUGGGAGCUGAACAGGACGUGGGUGUUCCAGGCCGGAGAGGGCCGUCUGCAGCAAUACACCAUGUUACUGGACGAGACUCAGGAACGGCUAAUCAUCGGGGGAAAAGACGUCCUGUACUCCCUCAAUCUGGAGCGCAUCACUGCCCCCCACAAACGGAUUGUCUGGUCGAGCUCUCAGGAGCAGGUGGAGGACUGUUUGAUGCAGGGCAGAGAGAAGCCGGAGUGUGCAAACUACAUUAAGCUGGUUCAACAUUAUAACAGCACUCAUCUGCUGGCAUGUGGCACUGGAGCCUUCAGUCCUGUGUGUGCUUACAUCAGAGUGAGUCGUGGAGCAGAGCAGGAGCGAGAGUUCAGGUUGGAGUCUGACCACAUAGAGAGUGGCAGAGGAAGAGUCCCAUUUCAUCCCAACAGCCCUUUAGCAUCAACCGUCUACCGUGGAGAGCUGUUUGUGGGCCUGUACACUGAUUAUUGGGAGAAUGAUGCCGCUCUAUAUCGUUUAGGCAAUCACAGCUUCAUCAGGACUGAAGUGGGCGACAGACAGCAGCUGAACGAGCCCAAGUUUGUGGGUUCAGCGGUGAUCCCUGACAAUGACGACCCUGCUGACGAUAAGGUUUACUACUUCUUCACAGAGCGAGUGGCCGAUGUUGAGGGAGGAAAUAAAGCUGUUUACACCAGAGUGGCCAGAGUCUGUGCGAAUGACCAGGGUGGUCAGAGGAUGCUGGUAAACAGAUGGAGCUCUUUCCUGAAGACACGUUUGAUCUGCUCAGUGGCAGGACCCAACGGCAUUGACACACACUUUGAUGAGCUCGAGGAUGUGUUUGUACUACGGAAAAAAGAUGAGAAAAAUCCAGAGAUCUUUGGUCUGUUCAGCACCACCAGUGCUGUGUUUAAAGGAUAUGCAGUGUGCAUGUAUAAUAUGGAUGACAUCCGUGCUGCAUUUAAUGGGCCUUUUGCACACCGGGAACGGACCGACCAUCACUGGAAAGUGUACGACGGCAAAGUCCCAUACCCUCGACCCGGAUCGUGUGCCAGUAAGAUAAAUGGAGGCCAUUUCUCCAGCUCUAAGGAGUAUUCGGAUGAGGUUCUCCGAUUUGCACGUUCCCAUCCGCUCAUGUUCCAGGCGGUGCAGCCUGUUCACAGACGACCCAUCCUGCUGGACACUGAAGGAGGACGUAAACUCACCCAGCUGGCAGUGGACCGGGUGGAGGCUGAGGAUGGACACUACAAUGUUCUCUUCAUAGGCACUGAUAAUUCUGUAGUAUUAAAAAUGAUUACAAUCUACAACAAAGAAGCCGACACAGUUGAAGAGGUUCUUCUGGAGGAACUGCAGGUUUUUAAGGUCCCUGUUCCCAUUACUGAGAUCCUGAUCUCUACUAAACGACAACAGCUGUAUGUGGGCUCGGAGUUGGGUGUAACACAGAUCCGUGUGCAUCAGUGUGGGCUCUAUGGGUCAGCCUGUGCCGACUGCUGCCUGGCCAGAGACCCUUACUGUGCCUGGGAUGGGUUCACAUGUUCACGCUACUAUCCUGCAGGACUUUAUACUAAAAGGCGCUUCAGACGGCAAGACGUUCGUCAUGGCAAUGCGGUUCAGCAGUGCAACGGGCUUCAGCUUAGCGAAGAACAAAGCAUCUCAGAGAAGCUGGUUUACGGUGUGGAGAACAAUAGUACUUUACUGGAGUGCAGACCACGAUCACUGCAGGCAUCUGUAACCUGGUACAUUGAACAUGGCCUCGACAUGGAGGAGGUGAAAAGUGAUGAUCGCAUGAUUCAGACGCCGCACGGCCUCUUACUCCUCCGAAUAAUGAAGUCAGAUGCAGGAGUUUAUGUGUGUCAGUCCACCGAGCAUGGUUUCAUCCAGACGCUGCUGAGAGUCACGUUAGAGGUGCUGGAGGAGGGAAAGGUGGAGGCUCUGCUGCAUAAACCCGAGGAGGAGGAUAGUGAUCUUCCACACAGAGCAGCUCCACCAUGCUCCUUUCCCAGCUUGCCUUCUACUUCAUCAAAGCUCUGGUAUAAAGACUUCAUGCAGCUCAUCGGAUACAGCAACUUCCAGCGGGUGGAGCAGUACUGUGAAAAGGUGUGGUGCGUGGCGGACAGGAAGAGGAAGAAACUCAAGGGAAUGACACCAAAAUGGCGGUUAACAGCCGGGGGAGAGCAGCGGGCGAGAGCACGGGCACCUCGACACACACCGGGACAGUAGAGAACUAAUUAUUUUAGUCUAUGCUCCAUGCCGAUGAGCUGAUAUAGACGUUAUUGUUAUUACUAUUAGAAAAAGAAGAACGAGUUUCUUUCGAGUCUUACUGUCGCAUCCUUGAUCAGUAGUCACAGCCAGAUAUUUAAAGGUACACCAAGUCAUUUUCUUAUCGAAUUUAUGGAUAUCGAUGCAAAGUGAUAACAUGUUCAGUGUUUCCACAAAUGUGCUUUGCAGGUACAGGGAGCAUGUGCUCACUGGUGCACGACUCAAAAUGCUCAGAACACAGACAGCGCAUGACUUAAACAACACAUAUGCUUAAAGAAUGAUCUGCUGCAGUACUUUUCUUUUAAUAUAGCUCAUGUUAAUAUUACAUUUUCCAAAUUUAAUUUCUACUAUGUGUUCAUAUUUCACAUGCACGUGCAAAAAAAGAAAUGAAAUUAAAACACAUGAAAUAUAGAAACUGCGCAGUUAAUUUUUUAAAUAGUUUUUAAAAAUCCUAACAGUAAUUUGAAGGAGAACAUUGACGUUUUUAAAAAGCAAAAACUGAACUGAAGUGAAAUUAUAAAAAAUAAAGCUGCAGGAGUUCAUUUGUUCGAGGUGAAAUUCGUUGUAUUGUAUUUUUAUUGAGGUAUUUCAUGCUUCUAAUGAAAUAACAUUUAACCCCCUAGCAGCAAACCAUCAUAAAACUGAUGAUAAGGAUGAG